GUAAGACUUCACAUUUGACGAGGAGCACUUAUCCUCUUCUACUGCUACAUUUCAUACGGAGUGGAUCAUAAAAUUUCGUUUUACCGCUCCGGCGAUUUUCAAUGGCUUCAAUCGCGAUGUCAAGCUCUUCUUCCGGUAUCGUUGGGGCACUCAAAUUCGAUCUGAAAUCGGAGCCAUCGGUGAAAUUUUCCCCUGUCGUGCUGCCUUCAAUCAGGGCCAGGCGACCGCGGUUUGUGACGUUGAUCAAGUCGAGUAUUGAUAAUGGCUCUGGAAGCUCCGGACCUGUGAAAAAGUUGGGCAUGACUGAUGCCGAAUGUGAGGCUGCCGUCGUCGCUGGAAACGUGCCUGAAGCUCCGCCUGUGCCGCCCAAGCCUGCCGCCCCGGCUGGUACCCCCGUAGUUUCUUCUCUUCCACUAAAUAGGCGUCCACGUCGCAACCGUAGGUCACCAGCCAUGAGGUCUGCAUUCCAAGAAACAACUUUGAGCCCUGCAAAUUUUGUUUAUCCACUUUUCAUUCAUGAGGGUGAAGAAGACACACCUAUUGGGGCAAUGCCUGGAUGUUAUAGGCUCGGGUGGAGGCAUGGACUUAUUGAAGAGGUUUCAAAGGCUAGGGAUGUUGGUGUUAACAGUGUUGUGCUAUUCCCAAAAGUUCCAGAUGCUUUAAAGUCUCCUACAGGUGAUGAAGCCUACAAUGAUAAUGGAUUAGUCCCUCGAACUAUACGACUGCUAAAAGACAAGUACCCUGAUCUUAUUAUCUACACUGAUGUUGCUCUAGAUCCAUAUUCCUCUGAUGGGCAUGAUGGUAUUGUUAGGGAGGAUGGAGUUAUAAUGAAUGAUGAAACUGUGCACCAGUUGUGUAAGCAGGCAGUCAGCCAAGCCAGAGCAGGAGCGGAUGUUGUCAGUCCCAGUGACAUGAUGGAUGGCCGUGUUGGAGCAAUUCGAGCUGCUCUUGAUGCUGAAGGAUUUCAUAAUGUGUCUAUAAUGUCCUACACUGCAAAGUACGCAAGCUCCUUUUAUGGCCCUUUCCGAGAAGCAUUAGACUCAAAUCCACGUUUUGGAGAUAAGAAAACCUAUCAGAUGAACCCAGCAAAUUAUAGGGAAGCACUGGUUGAGAUGCAUGAAGAUGAGUCCGAAGGAGCUGAUAUUCUCCUGGUGAAACCCGGUUUGCCUUACUUGGAUAUUAUAAGGCUUCUACGAGAUAAAUCUCCUUUACCCAUAGCUGCAUAUCAGGUUUCCGGUGAGUACUCCAUGAUCAAGGCAGGCGGGGCUCUCAAAAUGAUAGAUGAAGAAAGGGUCAUGUUGGAGUCUUUAAUGUGCCUUCGACGAGCGGGUGCUGAUAUCAUUUUGACAUAUUUUGCGUUGCAAGCUGCUAGAUGCUUGUGUGGAGAGAAGAGAUGAGGCUGAACGUGUAACGGUAAUGCAUGUACGAGUCUGAUGGGUUUGUAUGGAAAUUAGCUCAGAAGUGUUUAUGGUAGAGGGAAGAGAGGAGAUUGAAAAUAUCAAGCGGAUUUUAUUAGGGAGUAUAUAAUGUUGUGAGCUCAUUAAUUAAUAGACUAUUUUUUUUUUUUUUAUGACAAGAGAAGCCAUUAGAGUGUGCACUAGGUAAAUCAUAUUCCUAUAUAAUAAAUUGACUAAUUUGUUACUAUAUUUUUAAAUGUGUUUUUACAACAAGUA